UUCAACCUUCACUGUCAGAAGAGCAGACUGUGCAUACCGUGCAAUAAAGUUAAUGAAACUAGAAGUGAUGAUGGGACAGAUAAAUUAACAAAACUUGACAAGAAAAGCAAAUCCUCCCAAAACAGAACAGAUUCUUCUGGAAAAGGGACCAUUAUUUGGACCUGAAGCGGAUUGUGGCUGUUUUAAAAGCUGAAGACAGUAUGAACCCAAAGUGUUGAGGUUCAAGAUCCCCCCCAAAAAAAGGAUUUUACUCUUCCGUGGAGCUUGUUUUGAGGCAUUUGAGUUCUUUGUCCUCCUCUUGAGCCUAGAGCCGAGGGGGGAGGCAAAGCCGUGGCGUCUGCGGGGAUGAAGUACAGCUACCAGUACCCGGCGUCACAGUACACACGAUCCAACACGCACUACACAUCCACUCAUUACACACCUUCACAUUACUCCAGCAGCUCAUACUCACCCAGCUACUACAAUGCCACAAAGUACAGCCCUACUACACUCCACCACACGCCAUCAUACUACACUCCACCAGCUUACACACCUGCGUACAAGCCCACCUCCACUUACACCUCCGUCUAUAGCAAGCCGUCACGGCAGAGCAGUUCGCCCCAGACAAGUGUACAGCUUACUCCUACCGUAACCCUCAAACCCGCCCGGGCUGUGCGCUUCACAAACGAUGUUGUAUUCCAGGAUUUAGUCCGGCACAGUGAGCUGGAACAGAUCGGCCGGUUUAUGAGGGCGAGGAAAGUGCGUCUGGACACCAUCUUCCAUUCUGGAAUGGCAGCACUCCAUGAAGCCGUUCUUUCAGGAAACCUGGAGUGUGUGAAGCUUUUGAUAAAGUACGGAGCUGACGUUCAUCAGAGGGAUGAGAAUGGCUGGACACCACUGCACAUGGCGUGCAGCGACGGUUACCCUGAGAUUGCACGGUAUCUUCUCUCUCUGGGUGCCAGUGUGGAAGCAGAGAAUGAAAAUGGAGAGAAACCAGCAGACCUUAUUGACCCAGACUGUAAAGAUCUGCUCAAACUCUUCGAAACAGGCUGUGUUUGAGGGCUAAGCCACAGAAGAACUGAGGAAAAACACUACACAUUAUGAUCACUGUCCUGAACUUCUCAUUUUGUGUGGUUGAAUGUUCUCCUGGAUAGUCUUUUUUUGUUUGUUUGUUUUGGUUUUUUGACUUUUAGCUGUAGAUUUGACUUUAUUAUAUAGUACAAAGCUAAAGAGGAACAAUAAACCCAACAUAUCUGUUAGCUUUGAAAGUCAAUGUGAAACGUCGCCAUUCUCAUUUUAUUUCUGUUACCUUAAGUAUUUCUGAGUGAAACAUGAUAUUCAAUGAAUGAGGCUUUUAGCUAUUGGGAAUAGAUUGGAUUAUGAAAAGUGGGUGUUACAUACCAGAUUGUCAGAAGGUUUGAGGGAAGAGGAUAAAAAAGAUAGAUUUCUAAUGCCAGACAAAAAGUUGAGGCAGAGCAAGUUAUUAUAUUUUGAUAAAAGAUUACUAAGACAAAUAUUUUUCUCUGGAAUAACAUGCAUAAUAAUGCCAGGAAUGUAUAUGUAAAAAUGUAUGUGUAUGUCGACUUCACAGGAGAACCAUACAUUUGCACAAACCAGCAUCUCUCAGUGUAUACACACAGGUCUUUUCCAUACACCAUCUGCAGUUGUGUUCAUUUUCAUUGCUGUGUUAAACAUAUAUUGUACCAUAAAAGUGUCUUUUAUGUGACAAGGGAUUCAAACCUGUUAAUGCAAAGAGUUCUGCACUCCCCAGAUGGGCCGCUGUGCUGUCUGUCUGCUGGGCAGCAGGAGCGCACACUGAAAACCUGCAGAAACACUGAGGUUUCGUGCAUUACUGUUAAACGUGAGGGCACUACUGACAUUUUGAAUGUCUCUUGUCAAAGUCUUAUCUUAUUUUUUUUUUACAAUGUUUUCAUAAAUAAAGCUGCUUUUUUUAUACAAA